CAUUUGCAAAUCUCCUGUCGUUGAUGUGCAGCUGGCUGACAACCGAUUUGAAAACAUUACCGUCAUUUCGGAAGAUUCUCUGUAUUUGCGCUUUACGAAGUUUACAAUUCUACUCAGGGAAGUUGUUUUUGGCCAAAAGUGUGUUCGUCUGGUCCAAAAAUGUUUCUAUGAACUGUCACGAACAAAAUACCAGUGACGCUGCUGCGAAAUGAAAUGAAAGAGGAAGUGAAAGUUAAGGCAGCUGAUUGGACGUAAAACAAAAAAGAAAGAAGACAGAAAGAAACCUCUAAAGUUGCUGAAUAAUUGAAGUAGGUACCCAUUUACAUCUCCUGGCUCGGCAACAUGGCAUCAACAGAAAAUGUGUACUUCAUCUUAACAAAGUCUGAACGGAGUUUUUUCACAAAAGCUGGAAGUAUUUUUUUUAUGCCUUAUUAUAAGUACAUGUCAGAAAUCAAGAAAUCCCCCCCUCCAUUAAAGCUACGAAUGUGUUUAAUUAACUACGACUCUGGAAUAGACUAUGUCUUGGAGGCCAACGACAUGGAGCAGCUGUGUGUAGAGGAAGUUGAGCUGCUGCAGGCACUGCCUGAUGAUGCUGAGAGGCUGAGGUGUUUCCGAGAGCGACAUGAUCUGCAAGCAGCAAUGCAACUUGUUAUAGGCAGUGAAGUGACUGUGGAGGAAGCUGGGAAGAAGCUCAGAGGCAUCAUCCGUUACUUUGGACCCAUAACAAAGGCAUCUUUUUUACAUCCCGUACCAGGAUCUUUUUUUGGAAUUGAACUACAGGGAGCAGACAGAGGAAAGGGCAGAUGUGAUGGGACCUAUAGGAAUGAAAGAUAUUUCAAGUGUGACAAAAACUGUGGAAUUUUUGCCCCAUUCAACAGAGUCAGCUCUUUAUUACCCCCUGUCCAAAAGCCAUCCCUUCAGACAGAAGGGCUACAGUUGGGAGACAGAGUCACUUACUUUGUCGAUGAUAAAUGUCGCCAUGGAAUGGUGCUGGCUUUACUGGAAAUGGAUGGACGAUGUUUCGUUCAGAUCUCCACAGACAAAGAUGAAUCUGGGAAGACGGGGGGUGAAGUUAGAAUUCCAUUAGAAGAGGUUAUCAAAGGAGAGCUGACUGCAGGGGUAGAGAACAUGGAUGUCGACACACCCCCAGAGGCUGAUACAGAUUAUCUCUAUAUAGGUCUGAGUUUGAACUCUAUGGUAGAAGUGACUCUGGGUUUAGGCAACACAUAUGGAAUUAUUCGCUGGAUAGGCAAGCUGCCUGAUCGAAGCGAAACUAUGGUUGGCUUGGAGCUGGAAGACGACAAAGGAGUGAGUGAUGGUACCUUUAAAGGUCAGCGUUAUUUUGAUUGUCCUAUGAAGAGAGCCCUGUUUGUGAAGCUGAUCUCAUGCCGGCCUGACUCACGCUUUCAGAGCACAUCAUCCAAUCACAAAGAGAAAAUGCAGCCUGAGGACACUGUGGAUCAAACAGACCACAGUACAGCUGAGUUGCAGACUGUUCCGCCUAUGAGCACAGAGCAGGUUAAGCAGCUUCUGACUGGACGAAUGAAGGGGGUUCAAGGACACUGUAACUCUUGCUACAUGGACGCUGCCCUCUUCAGUUUGUUUUCCUGCUCUUCUGUGUUGGACUCCAUGUUGUUCAAAUCAACAACACCUCAAGAUGCCCCAAUUCAGAGAACACUGCUCAAUGACAUAGUCAACCCCCUCCGCAGUAAUGGCUUUGUGGAAGGAAGACACAUCAUGAAGCUACGACAGCAGCUGCAGAAACACGGCUACAGCCAAUCAUUCACCACAGAUGAGAAGGGUCUGCUUAUCUGGGAAAGAUUUUCUGGAAGGCAUUUGUUUUGUCUUAAGUGGUUGAGUUUGAAGUAUUCAUGUUACUUUUGUCUUUCAGAUCCAGAGGAGUUCCUCACUGUCAUCAUGCACCACAUUCUCGCCCUGGACCCUCUGCUAAAACUAUCAGCUGCAGGUAAAGUGCAGGAGAGUUACUGCUAUCAGAUUUUCCUGGACCAGAACCACAGACUAGUUCUGCCGACAGUGCAGCAGCUACUAGAACAUUCCUUCCACAGUGCAGGUCUUAAGCUGGCAGAGGUGCCGUCCUGCCUCAUCCUCCAGAUGCCUCGCUUUGGGAAGAAAUUCAAGAUGUUUGACAAAAUCAUUCCCUCUCUGGAGCUGGAUGUCACUGACCUCCUCUCUGAAGGUCCCCAGCAGUGCAUGCUCUGUGGAACCCUGGCACGGGUUGAGUGUGUCGACUGUUUUAAAGAUCCCCUUUUCAGCCCGACAGGAUUCAAAGUCUUCUGCAAGAAGUGUUCAGAACAGGUACACUCCCAUCCUCAGCGUCGCAGCCAUAAACCAGCAUCCCUGGAAAUCCCAAAGGGUUAUGUUGGACGUAAAAACCCUCACACUAUGAUCAGAGACAAAAUGGAGCUGUUCGCUGUGCUCUGCAUCGAGACAAGCCACUAUGUGUCCUUUGUCAAAUAUGGACCAAACACUGAGGACUGGAUCUUCUUUGACAGCAUGGCAGACAGACAAGGAGAGAUGGAUGGCUACAACAUUCCAGAGGUGCAGCCCUGCCCCGAAGUUGGUGAAUACCUGGAAAUGUCCCCCUCCGAGCUGGCCAACCAGGCACCUCGAGAUAUGAAAGGUGUAGCAAAGCGUCUCUUCUGUGAUGCCUACAUGUACCUGUAUCAAAGCACCACUAUGUGCCUCUAUCGCUGAUGGAACUUGAGCACACUGGACAUUUUGCUAUUUGUGUAAUUUCUUUUUGCUGCAUUGUUUUUUUUUUUCUUUUGUUAACAUGCAAAUAUUUUAAAUGUGUGUGUGGUGCUUGGGUGCUGGAAAAAAAUUAUAGUGACAAUAAUUUUCUAAUAUGGCAUGAAGUAGAGGAUAAACUGACAUUGCUUUCUAAGUAAUUUGCACUAUAAUCUGAAGAAAAUAAUUACUGGCUUGCAGCAUGUGUUGGACAUAAAUUACAUAUUGCACUGUAAAAAUAGUUUUACAGUUUACUGCUGAUGUUUGUAAUUACUUUUAAUUUUAUUUACAGCUUGUAUAGUGAAAGUAAAUGAGUUUUGCUGAUGAAAAACCCUUCAAAGUAGACAGUAGUGAUGAUUCAGUAUGGUUCAUUAAGAAUGCCAUCUAACCAGCUCUAUUUUAAAAGCUUAUGUUAUAUGCUGCUGUUAUUUUGGCAUCAGAUUUGGAUGUUGGCUGGAUUUCUUUAUAUAUUUAGAUAUAUUUUUUUUUAUCUUCUGGUAUUUAAAUUUCACACCUGAAAAUGAAACGAUGAUUUUAUUCUUGACAAAGAUGUUUCUGUUAGCAACCAAAGAGACGAAAAGAUGUUGGGAAUAAUAUCACAGUGGAAAACUGUGCUUGACUGGCUGCUUGGGAGUCCUGGUUGAACUUGUGACCUUUUUCUAUUUUUUACUAUUACUACUUCUGAUAUUCAGUAAAAUAGAUGUCAUAAAUAAAUAAAUGCAAUCAAUAAAA